AUGCAAGCGGAGAUGGAGAAAACAGAGCAAGAGGAGAAUGGGUUCGUUGAGAUUACUGAUAAUUUGAAGAUAAUUGUUGGAGUUACACUUCUAUUCAUUCUAAAUUACAUGUUUGCGCUUUAUGUGGAAUUAAAGCCAUACCAAGCUGCUCCUCUGUAG